GUCUACGUCAUUUCCCCCCUACACAGUAGGAGACUAAAAUGGCUACCAACGUGGAGCGAAUUGAUAGCCGCGUUGGUUCUUUACCUUCAGAUGUAGUGGUACUCCAACAAUCCAUUCCACCAGUGGAUCAGACCCACCAGAACAACCCGCUUUUAGGACUACCUAUUGUGGCUAUUGAGGCAAUUCUCAAUUUUUUGUCUUAUGACGAAAUCAGUUUGCUCCGCUCGGUGUGUAAACGAAUGGACAUGAUCUGCCAACGUGUUCUUAAUCAGGGCUUCCUUAAGGUUGAACGUUAUCACAGCAUGUGUCAGAGGCAAGUCAAAGCGCAACUUCCCAGGCGGGAGUCUGAACGGAGAAAUCAUUCCUUGGCCCGUCAUGCUGACAUUCUGGCUGCUGUGGAGACACGCCUUUCUCUCCUUAACAUGACGUUCAUGAAAUAUGUUGACUCCAACCUCUGCUGCUUCAUCCCUGGAAAGGUUAUAGAUGAGAUCUACCGUGUUCUCCGAUAUGUGAACUCGACUCGAGCUCCGCAGCGAGCUCAUGAGGUUCUGCAAGAGUUAAGGGACAUCUCCUCAAUGGCAAUGGAGUAUUUUGAUGAGAAGAUUGUUCCCAUUCUAAAGAAGAAACUGCCUGGAGCUGACUUGUCUGGACGCCUCAUUGGAUCUGCUCCCGUGGCAGGUCCAUCUAGUUCUCUAACCACCAUGUCUUUGCUGGCCAAGAACGCACCAUCACGCUCUGAGAUGACCAAGGUGCAGCAGCAGGUGAAGGUCAACGGCGCAUCUGUGACAGUCUUACGACGGGAGAUGCAAGAAAUUCGUGUCAAGCAGUUGGAACAACAGAAGCAGUUGCAGGACCAAGAGCAGAAGUUGCUCGAACAGACGCAGGUCAUCGGCGAACAGAAUGCCCGUCUUGCCGAGCUGGAACAUAAACUACGUGAACUAAUUGACAGUAAUGCCGUUGGGGGAUCCGCAGCCGGAAGAUCUCUCCCCUCCACGUCUAACAAUGCUGCCGUGUCCUCCGCUGCUUCCAGUCUUCCUGCCGUGGGAUUGGCAAGUAGCAGGGUAGAAGCCUCUUCUACAGCGAGAGAAUUGGUCUCUGAGGGAACACCGUCGUUGAAACGCACCAAAAAAAGUUCAGACUGCUUAAGAAAGUCUAAACGUUUGUGUACCAAGAAAUGAGAGACUGUUAUUUAAAUAUUUUGUUUUGGUUUUCAGUUCAUCUGUUUGAUUUCUUUCUCAGUGUUUUUGUUUUCAUGGUGUUUAGAAAAUGUCAUUGGGUAUCUUAAUUCAUGACUCAUCUGAAAUUAAAUGAAAAACUAUAGGAAUAUUGUCUGUCUGCUAAAUAUGUUUAAAACUGCAAAACAUUUCAAGUUGAUUCAUAGAGAUACUAAAUAUUCGGAGGUGGGGGUAAACAAUUUUUGGAACAAUACUGUGGAGAAAGUGGUCAUGUUCGUGGCAGAAUGGGUUGAAGUUACAGCAACUGCCAGUUAGAACAAUGUUCAACUAACCUCUGAACAGUUUAUUUUGGACAUUUAAAUAAUAAAGGAAAUUAAUCCCCUUAAACGGUAUUGUUGCAUAUUUUCCACAACUGGC